AUGGCCGACCGUAUGAUACCUGCUCGUGGCGCGAGUGCUGCCCCGAAGCUUGAUGUGAAGGAUCCGCACACGAUUCGUGUAUUUUGGCGCAACCUCGACUUUCUGUUUGAUUCCUGCCGUGUCAAUGAUGAUCUUGAGAAGAAAAAGCAUGUGACUCGCCUGGCACCGUUGAGCGAGGUUGAGAUAUGGGAAGAACUCGCCGAAUUCACUGACAACACAAAAACCUACAACGACUUCAAGAAGGCUGUCAAUGAGCUGUAUCCCGGCACUGGCGACACACAGAAAUAUGACAUAGAAGAUCUGGAUCUGAUCGUCGGAUCGCGUGCAUGGCCCGGGAUGAGCACUCUUGUUGAGUUUGCCGACUACGAGCGUAACUUUUGCCAUGUUGCUAAGUACCUGAUUGACCAGGGGAUCUUGUCUGAGCGUGAGCGCAAUAGGGCUUUCGCGUGA